CACACUCCAAUUCCUCCUCGCUCCUUUCACCGCGGCGUCGGAUUAUCCAGCUGCUGCCUCUGCCGCUCUCCAUGGGGCGGCCGCAGCAGCGGGGACCUGCGUGGGGCGCCUUGAUUCUGCUGCCGCUGUUGUGGCUGCAGCAGGCGCCGUGCAGUGGGGCUGCCCCACGGAUCGCGGCCGGCGCUGCUGCUGCUGCUGCUUCGCCCUUGCUUUGCAAUGUCAGCCUGGACGUUGCGCCCGAGUGCCGCUGGGACCCGGUGCUGCGCCAUUUCGACCCGGCCUUCCUGCGAGCCGCCUAUGCCAGGAUCAUCGCUGAAGGAGUCCCCAAGUGGGUUCAUGCCAUUCUUAAGCCCAUAGCUGAAGAAUUGGAAAACUUUGUCCCUCAGCCAUUUGCAGGAGAGAUUCGGGGUCUCUGCAACGCCCUGGGACUGAACGUUGGAGAUGGACUCCUAUUCAAUCUAGCCUACGAGGCCACUGCGUUCUGCACCAGUAUCAUUGCUCAGGAUAAUAAUGGAAAUAUAUACCAUGGCCGCAAUAUGGAUUACGCCUUUGGAGAUAUUCUAAGCAAGAUCACCAUUGAUGUGAACUUCUUAAAGAAUGGGAAGGUAAAGUUCAGAGGAACUACAUUUUUUGGUUACGUCGGUUUAUGGACAGGACAAAGUCCAAACAAGUUUACGAUCUCUGGGGACGAGCGAGGAAAAGGUAACUGGUGGGAGAAUGCGAUAGCUGCUUUCCUGAAACGAAGUACUCCGGUCAGCUGGCUUGUCAGGACUGCUUUGAGUGAAGCAGAAGACUUCGAGGCUGCUGCUCUUAUGCUGUCCAAGACGCCAAUUAUAGCUGAUGUUUACUACAUCAUUGGAGGCACGACACCCAGGGAGGGGGCAGUCAUUACCAGGAGGAGAAGCGGCCCAGAAGAUAUUUGGCCCUUGGACCCUUUGGAUGGGGGUUGGUACCGGGUGGAGACAAACUACGACCACUGGACCACCCCACCUCCUUUUGACGAUCGAAGGACUCCAGCCAUCAAAGCACUGAAUGCCACUGGACAGGAAAACAUUAACCUUGAGACCCUCUACAAGAUCCUAUCGAUUCAGCCAGUCUUAAACGAGUUAACAAUCUAUACCACUGUAAUGAGUGCUGCAGCCCCUGACAACUAUACAACAUGGAUCAGGACCCUAGAGUGAAAAUGCGAAAGGAGGAAGGGAAUCCUUCGAAAACACAAAGGCUGGGAUACAUGUGUAACAAGUGGCAGAAUACAAGCCUAGAUAAGGGUAUCGUGCUUAGAAUUCAGCAUCCUUUUUAAAAAAAAGAAGUUACUAGUCCUUAAUGAUAUGAAGAUAUUGUACAGGCAAUGCCUGGUGAAUUGUCAGAAACCGAGGGAGAGAGGUUGGCUCAGAGCAGGUUUUCCAGGCGUUAAGAGGCUCCUUUCCCUGUGAUUGGUAAAAAGGACUGUGGAUUAUGCAAAUAAUUGCAGAAAUGCGCAUUUCCAUGCAGAUGUCAGAAUCCAGCUUUUCCUGCUGCUGAAUUCAGGUUACCAUGGCACAUACAGUAAUUAGUCCCAUCCUUUUAUAUCUUUCUAGAUCACGUUCUAAAGGUACGUGAUGCAGCCACCUCACUGAAGCUGCCUGGGAACUUUAUGUACGCUGCUGUGAAUUCCACAGCAGUAUGGCAGGAUAUGAGUGAAAUCGUUUUGGCCGGCAGAGCACACACGGCUGUGGCAAAAGGGGAUAAGAUUGAGGCGUUGCUGGGACCCAAAACGGGCAGAGGGUCUAUUCCCAUCUUAAUUUGCAGGUGGCACUUCAUGACAUGGGAGAGAGACUGAGAGCAGUGGAGGCUGGUGGCUCAUGUUGUCAGUGGGGCAGUGAAUCCACUCCAGGCUUCAAUCCAGAGCUCCUUGGACAGGUCCUUUAGAUGUCUGACUAGUUCUGACUGACAAGCAGUUUUUUGGGGUAAGAAAACACAGCUCUCUGCAAAGACUCUCUACAGAAAAAGUGUCAAUCAAUGCUCCUGACGAAGGAUCUGAUGAUCCGAAACGUUGAACCUUCUUGAACUGUUAAAUAAAAACAUUAUCUUUUGACCAAUACCAGCCUACACUUAUCAUCCUGUAUAGCACCAAUUUCCACACUCCCAUGGUUCUGAUUGAAGCCCAGAGCGGAUUCACCGCCCCACUGACAUCGGAGCCUCCAGCCUCCACAGCGUGAAAGAAGUCUCACUUUUGUGCAGCAUUUGGGGGGCACUGAAGAUGCCCCAGCAGCCCCCCAAAUGCCAGCACGGUACACAGCCCUUAAUACAGCCUUCCCCAACCUUGUUCUCUACAAUUGCAUUGGACUCCAACUCUCAAAACUCUCCAGCUAGCAUAGAAGUAUAAUAAAUACUUCUAUAUUAAUAUAGAAUAUAAUAUUCUAUAUUAAUAUAGAAUAUAAUAAAUAUUAAUAUUUAUUAAUAUUAUGUAUUAAUAAAUACAUUGCAUUUGUUCUGAUGACCAGCACCUUAUUUUUGGUAUUGCAAAAGGAUUGGUAAUAAUAAAUUAAACUUUUUUUAAUGUUUGAAAUCUUAGUCUUCUGGCAGGAUUGUAAAUAACAUUAUUUUUAUUGUUCCUGGGAUAAAAUGAAAGUUUUCAUUAGGGUGCGCACCCUGGUUUUGUUUUUUAAAAAGGUGAACAUUUAUUGAAUACUCAGUCAUAAAGGACAUUAUUUUUA